AUGGGGCCAGCAACGGGCAUGGGAGCAGCAGCAGGCAUGCAUGUGGCAGGUGGAUUGAACAGAGGAUAUGCAGCUGUGAAUGGGGCGACCAAUGGAGGAGGAUACGGAGCAGUGAACGGGGGAGGGUAUGUGGGAGCAGGGUAUGCAGGAGGAGGAGGAGGAGGGCUCACAUCUCCCCAAGGGGCAGGAGGAGCGGGUGAGAAUGGCGAGGUGGCGAGGAGGGAGGAGGUGGUGCCGGUGUGUCUGUCGGAGGUGCGGUUUACUGAAGGGUCGGCGGACCGGCAGUGGGCUCGCAAGGACUUUGCAUGGACACGAGAGCUGGAGGAGCACAACUGGAAGCUGUUUGGCAACCGGUCGUUCCGGGCGAAUCAGAGGGAGGUGAUGAACGCCACUAUGAGCGGUAGAGACGUGUUCGUGCUCAUGCCCACAGGCGGAGGGAAGAGCCUCACUUACCAGCUCCCAGCGGUGUGUUCGCCUGGAGUCACGCUCGUGGUGUCGCCACUCAUCUCCCUCAUCUGCGACCAGAUCAUGCACCUCGAACAGGAGUGGCCGGAGCAAAUGCAUUCCCUCUGCUUCCCUUCCCUCACUGCGUUCACCACAUCGCACCACACGCCUACAACUGUGCACCGCACCCCAUCCCUGCAGUACAACAUCCCUGCGGCCUGCCUGAGCGCGAGCCAGGAGUGGCCGGAGCAGCAGCGCAUUCUGCAGGAGCUCUGCUCGCCGUGCUGCCAGAUCAAGCUGCUCUAUGUCACCCCGGAGAAGAUCGCCAGGAGCGACAACCUGUUUCGGCAUCUGGAGGGGCUGUACCGGAGGGAUCUGCUGGUGCGCAUGGUGGUGGAUGAGGCGCACUGUGUGAGCCAGUGGGGGCAUGACUUUCGACCCGACUACCAGGUGUGGGAAUGGUUGAAGUGGGGUAGAGAUGAGUUGGCUGAAGAGGCUCAAGAGUGA